AUGUGGUUAGUCAGUGAGCGUCGGGGCCGAGCCGACGGCGACGGUACGGAGCACGAGGUUCGAAGCGCGGGAGAACUGCGCUGCUCGAUCAGCCAGCGCGCCGGCCACAGCACGGUGGAGUUCAAGAGUGCGGCGUGCGCGGGGGCCGUGGAGCCGCCCGCGCCGCCCCUGGCCACGCUGCCGGACCCUCAGCAGUUCAACAUCUUCCCGGCCUUCUUCAGCCGCCAACUCAACUUCAGCGCCAGUGCCAGCGGAGGUCAAGGCUCAAAGAUCAUGGAGGAGUUGCGGCCCAACUUAGUUGGCGGCUUGCUCGGCGUGCCCGGCUUACUUGACGAGCACCAGGCUGAUGCCAAGUUCCUGCAAUCAGGUGCGGAAAGCAAAUACACGCCAGAUAAAGGUCGCAAGUGUAGCAACGCGUCGUCCUCGUCUGCGGAGGAGUUCGGCGGAUUGUACGGCGGAGAUCAUGCAGCGACACCGCCUGCGCCACCACUUAGUCGCUCUUUGCAAGAUCACUCAGGUAGA